ACGGAACCACCGGAAGUGGUCCGUCUUGGAAUUACUUCCUCCAUAUAGCCAUUUCUUUUUUUUGUUUUUGUAAUUCUGAUACAGCUUCUUGCGGAACAUCCAACGACAACGAGUGUGUUUAUUGUUGCAGAAACAGGGUGGUUGUUGUUCCCAAAACAACGUUGACGUUUGCUGACGGCUGGCGCGACCUCAAUACCGCCAAACUAACAUCAUCGGGAUGGCGGAGGCGCCAGGUACUUCUAACGAGACGAUAACGGAGACCAUUGAAGUAGAAACACCGCCACCGCCCCAGCAGGAGGGACGUAGCCUGACCAUCAAGCUGAGGAAGAGAAAGACUGACAAGAAGGUGGAGUGGUCCAGCGACACAGUGGACAACGAGCAUAUGGGAAGGAGAUCCUCCAAGUGUUGCUGCGUCUACGAGAAACCCAAACAGUUCGGAGAGUCCUCCUCUGAAAGCGAGGGAGAUGACGAAGGCUGUGGAAGUGCACACUGCAUUCUAGGACAUGGGAAAGACAUGCAUGGACACAGUGGAGGGGGUGGGGGGAACUCUGGAGGAUCACAUGCCCAUUAAUGAUUAAGAGUGGAGACUGGGGGUUACAACACAUACUGCUACACACACAGUCUCAUUUAGUUCAGUCACUGCAGUACUGGGAGGAAAAGGGAUAAAGAUUAGAAGAGACAGAACAAAGGAAAGAACACAACCUGUUUGAUAAGAAAACGGGGUGCUGUUGAGAGUUCAUUGUAUAUAUUACAAUCAUUUUUCUUUUUUUUUAUAAAGAGUACUUUUCCUUAUUUGUCUAAAUACUUGAUUUUACUUAUGUUGCAGUAUCUUAGCCUGUGUGCCAGACAGUCUGUUCCUGCUUGUCAAACAGGGAUUUGGAAAGAUGAUGAUGUAACAUUGUAGAGAGCUGAAAUAGUCUGGUACCCAGACUACUACUAGGGAGCGAGUUCCAAACAACAGCCUAUCCAGUGCUCUCCAACCCUGUUCCUGGAGAGCUACCCUCCUGUAGGUUAACUCCAACCCUGUUCCUGGAGAGCUACCCUCCUGUAGGUUAACUCCAACCCUGUUCCUGGAGAGCUACCCUCCUGUAGGUUAACUCCAACCCUGUUCCUGGAGAGCUACCCUCCUGUAGGUUAACUCCAACCCUGUUCCUGGAGAGCUACCCUCCUGUAGGUUAACUCCAACCCUGUUCCUGGAGAGCUACCCUCCUGUAGGUUAACUCCAACCCUGUUCCUGGAGAGCUACCCUCCUGUAGGUUAACUCCAACCCUGUUCCUGGAGAGCUACCCUCCUGCAGGUUAACUCCCACCCUGUUCCUGGAGAGCUACCCUCCUGUAGGUUAACUCCAACCCUGUUCCUGGAGAGCUACCCUCCUGUAGGUUAACUCCAACCCUGUUCCUGGAGAGCUACCCUCCUGUAGGUUUUAACUCCAACCCUGUUCCUGGAGAGCUACCCUCCUGUAGGUUAACUCCAACCCUGUUCCUGGAGAGCUACCCUCCUGUAGGUUUUUGUAGCUGGUCGAUGAGCUGAAUCAGGUUAGUUACAACUGUGGUUGGAGUUAACCUACAGGAGGGUAGCUCUCCAGGAACAGGGUGGGAGAGCCCUGCCCUAUUCCCUAUAUAGUGCACUACUUUAGACCCUAUUCCCUAUAUAGGGCCCUGGUGGAAAGUAUUGCACUUUAAAGGGAAGAGGCUGCCAUUUGGGUCGUAACAUCUUUUAUCUACUUCAAAGUAAUGAGUACUCCAUGAAUACUUAAAUAGCAAACAGUCUUAUUUUAUGGACACAAUGUUGUACAGACAAACAGUUGUCUAUCGGUAACAUUAAAGAAGUUUAGGGGAGUAUUUAGGACACUAUUUUAAGGAAAAGCUAGUCUUGUUUUUCUUAUUUUCAUGUAACAUUGCUGACAUUACCUUUUAGUUGAGUGCAGUGAAAAUGUGUUGAUGCACAAUCCUCUCCCUGCCCUUUACAAUCCUCAGAAGUGUUGAGUACAUUAGUCUCAGCACUUCAAAUAAGAAUAGAAUUGAUGGCAGAUUGCAUUAAAUUCUGAGAAGAUGUUGUAAAGAUAUGUCCUUUUGUAUUGAUGAGGUGAGAGAAUGUCAACAUACCAAUAAUUAGAAAAAUCUUACAAACCAUGCAUAUGCAACAAAUUAUAUACACUGAUCUGCAAAAGUAUUGGGACAGUGACAUUUUUGUUGUUUUGGCUCUACUCCAUGGCUCUACUCAAAUGACACUGACUAUGAGGUGAAAUUGCAGACUUCCAGCUUUAAUUAGAAAGUGUUUUCAUUCAUAUCGUAAACCGUUUAGAAAUUACAACACUUUUUGUACAUAGUCCUGCCAUUUUAGGGGACCAACCGUAUUGGGAUAGAUUCACUUAAGUGUAUUAAAGUAGUACAAAGUUAA